UUCGCCUCCGCCUGGUUCGAGCUGCUGUCGCCGCCCGUCCAGGAGUCGCCGGUGAGCGUGGGGCGAGAGAGCGGAGAGGUGACGCUGAGCGCGGCCCUGGACAGGGAGGCGGUGGCCGCCUGGGAACUCGUCGUCCGCGUCCAGGAGCGCCGAGGGAAGGAUUGGUACUUGGUGCAUGUGUCACUCACUGUGACAGAUGUGAAUGACAACGUCCCUGAAUGGGCCAUGGAGCCUUUCCCCUUCCUGGCUGUGGUUUCCCCCGAGGCUGCAGCAGGGACUCAGGUGUACAAGCUGCUUGCUGUGGAUGCAGAUGAAGGGAUCCAUGGAACUGUGGAAUAUUUUCUCUUGGAAGGUGGUGAAGACAGAUUUGAAGUGGAGAAGGACACUGGCUGGAUUAAAACAACAGGUUUGCCAUUGGUGAGGGACAAGGAGUAUUUGUUGACUGUGCUGGCAGCAGAUAAACUUGGAAGCAGAGGGUCCCCAGCCUCUGUCUCUGUAAUUGCUGGAGUUCGACCCCCACAGUUCACCAACAUG